AUGCUAAUGUUAAACAUAACAGACUUGACGCCAACUUCCUUUAUUCUGAAUGGAAUCCCAGGACUAGAGGACAUGCACAUAUGGAUUUCCUUCCCGUUCUGUUCAAUGUAUGUUGUGGCUAUGGUUGGCAACUGUGGACUCCUCUAUCUUAUCCGCUAUGAAGACUCCCUGCACAGGCCUAUGUACUACUUCUUGGCGAUGCUGUCCCUAACUGACCUUGCCAUGUGUUCUAGUACAAUCCCUAAAGCCCUCAGCAUUUUCUGGUUCCAGCUCAAAGAAAUUGGCUUUGAUGAGUGUUUGGUCCAGAUGUUCUUCAUUCACACUUUCACAGGGAUGGAUUCUGGAGUGCUUAUGCUUAUGGCCCUUGACCGCUAUGUGGCCAUCUGCUACCCUCUGCGCUAUUCAACCAUCCUCACCAAUCCUAUCAUUGCCAAGGCUGGGCUUGCCACCUUUAUGAGGGGUAUGAUAUUGGUCAUUCCCUUCACUUUCCUCACCAAACGACUACCUUAUUGCAAAGGCAACAUAAUUCCUCAUACCUAUUGUGACCACAUGUCUGUGGCCAAAUUAUCCUGUGGAAAUAUCAAGAUCAAUGCUAUCUACGGUCUAAUGGUUGCCCUCUUGAUUGGGGGUUUUGACAUCUUGUGCAUUUCAAUCUCAUACACCAUGAUCCUCAGGGCAGUGGUCAGCCUGUCAUCAGCAGAUGCCCGCCAGAAGGCUUUUAGCACCUGUACUGCCCACAUCUGUGCCAUUGUUUUCUCCUAUAGCCCGGCUUUUUUCUCCUUUUUUGCUCACCGUUUUGGAGGCCACACAAUCCCUCCAUCUUGCCACAUCAUUAUAGCCAAUAUAUAUCUGCUCUUGCCUCCCACUAUGAACCCUGUUGUCUAUGGUGUAAAAACCAAGCAAAUACGAGAUUGUGUCCUUAGGAUUCUUUCAGGUCAUAAAGACAUCAAAUCUCACACAUAG